CUUCCUCCCGGGGUGAAUCGCCGUGUGGCGGGUUCGAGUCCCGCCUCCCGACUCGCCGCAAGCCCCUGAGUCCGGGGCGGGGCGCAUUCGCCGAUUAACCUCUCAGCGGCGAGGGGCGGCGGCACACGUUGGGCUUCACCAUGGAGAACUACUUGCAGGGUUGUCGAGCUGCUCUGCAGGAGUCCCGACCCAUACAUGUUGUGCUGGGAAAUGAAGCCUGUGACUUGGACUCCAUGGUGUCAGCCCUUGCCCUGGCUUUUUACCUGGCAAAGACAACUGAGGCCGAGGAAGUCUUUGUGCCAGUUUUAAAUAUAAAACGUUCAGAGCUACCUCUACGAGGUGACAAUGUCUUCUUCCUUCAGAAGAUUCACAUUCCAGAGUCCCUCUUGAUUUUCCGGGAUGAGAUUGACCUCCAUGCACUGCACCAGGCCGGCCAGCUUACCCUCAUCCUUGUUGACCAUCAUGUCUUACCCAAAAGUGACGCAGCCCUAGAGGAGGCAGUGGCAGAGGUGCUAGACCAUCGGCCCAUCGAUCAGAGACACUGCCCUCCCUGCCCUGUUUCAGUUGAGCUGGUGGGCUCCUGCGCUACCCUGGUGGCCGAGAGAAUCCUGCAGGGGGCACCAGAGAUCUUGGACAGGCAAACUGCAGCCCUUCUUCAUGGAACAAUCCUCCUGGACUGUGUGAACAUGGACCUUAAGAUUGGAAAGGCAACCCUCAAGGACAGCCACUAUGUAGAGAAACUAGAGGCCCUCUUCCCAGAUCUGCCCAGCAGAAAUGACAUCUUUGAUUCUCUGCAAAAGGCCAAGUUUGAUGUAUCAGGACUGACCACAGAGCAGAUGCUGAGAAAGGACCAGAAGACCAUCUCCAGACAAGGCACUAAGGUGGCCAUUAGUGCAAUAUAUAUGGAUAUGGAGGCUUUUCUGCAGAGGUCUGGCCUCCUUGCAGAUCUCCAUGCCUUCUGCCAAGCUCACGGCUACGAUGCCCUGGUUGCCAUGACUAUCUUUUUCAGCACUUACAAUGAGCCAGUGCGGCAGUUGGCUGUUUUCUGUCCCCACGCAGCACUUCGAACGAUGAUCUGUGGAAUCCUGGAACGUUCCCACUCUCCGUCCCUGAAGCUGACCCCUGUCCCAAGCAGCCAUCCUAACCUCCAAGCCUAUCUUCAAGGCAACACCCAGAUCUCUCGAAAGAAAGUUCUGCCUCUUCUCCAGGAAGCCCUGUCAGUGUAUUUUGACUCCACGGACAUCCCUUUAGGACAGCCUGAGACAGAGGGUGUGUCAGGGGAGCAGGUGGACAAAGAAUUGGACAGGGCAGGCAACUCCCUGCUUUCUGGACUGAGUCAGGAUGAGGAGGAGCCUCCACUGCCCCCCACGCCCAUGAACAGCCUGGUGGACGAGUGCCCCCUGGAUCAGGGGCUGCCGAAGUUCUCAGCCGAGGUCAUCUUCGAGAAAUGUAGUCAGAUCUCGCUGUCAGAAUCUACUACUGCCUCCCUGUCCAAGAAAUGACUGCUGAGAGGGAAGGGGAAAGUGAGAGAGGUUGCUUGAACCGUCCUGAAUGCAUGUUUUGAGAUGUUUCAGCAGGUCUGUCUUCUUCAUUGUUCCAGGAUCUGGUGUACUGUUGUCAUUGCUAGGAGGAGAAAGAAGAGAAGGAAAGCUGAGCUGGCUUUCUACCUUUUUCUCCCACAAUCUCAACCAAUCAAAAAAAUUUUAUUAUUUAAUUUAACUGUUGAAAUCCGCACUGACUAUCAUUUGUUUCAUUUGCCAGGGUCAUGAUGUAAUAACAUACAUUUGUAUGUAUUACAUAAUGUAGUAACAUACAGGUGCAGCAGUGUGGCACAGAAAUAAUGUGUACCCCAAGAGUGCCCUCAGUCAGGCUCUUUAACAGAACCAGUAUUUCUCAUGGAACCAAACAUGCAUUGUCUCCAGUAUUCAUUUAUUCUCUUAUUAAUUCAAGUAUUUAUUGAAUACAAUACCUACCUUAAGCUUAUUCUAGUUUUAGCCUUUAGCUCAUUUCCACCUCCAUGACUCCUCUCUCUGCCCCCCAAUUAGGUGAUGGUGUCUGAUCCCAGAUGGCUAAAUUUCUAUUAGCUUAUUGUGACUGUUUCAGGAUUAUUUAGGGGCAGAUUAGAGGCCCUUGUCUUCUGUCCUGAUCAGGUGGCCUAGCUCUCAGUUUCCCUGGAUCCCUCUGAGCCAGAGCCACAGGGAUCCAGAAGACCUCUGGUUCAGGAGACACCUGGGAAGACCUUAAGACCUCUGGGGUACUCUUCCCAAAAGAUGGCAAAAAUACCAUGGGAGCCCCGGCUGGACUGAUUCUUACCCAUCUCAUUCUCUUCUUGCACAGAGUAGAAGGAAACAAAGUUUCAUACUGAGUGCCAUAAACUAUGUCUUUUGUCCAGACACUCACUCCUUUAAGUUCAUUUCCCUGUCUGCAAAACUGAUGUUCCCUGGUUUCUGUCCCGUUGCCACCAUCCUUUCUCACCUCAGCCCCUCUGGUUUUUUGUUUUUGUUUCUGUUUUCCCUGGGAGUGCUCAGGGUCACUUGAUUGUCUGUUUCUAUGUAAUUGUACCAAGGUCCUCAGCCUCAUGUAGCAUGUACAGGAGUAUGAUUCCUACCAUAGUGACCCAGCUCAGAGCCCCCCCACCCCCCUACUUGUUCUGCAUGUGUAGAGUCCCCCUUUUCUCUUCAGACCAACCUGUUCCCCCUUUUCCUCCCCAACAGCUCUGUCUCCUGUGGGUUGUCAACAGUUUCGCGGAACAGUGGGGUGUGUGAUGGUUUUGACAUGAUGUCUUCAUAUGAGGGAAACAGUCUGACUUCACUUUGAAGGGAUGAUGUUUGUAGCCAUUGGAAGGUAAAAUAGCGUUGUGAUUAUUGAACCAAAGGAAUUUACGUUUUGUAACUUGGUUACUUUUAUUUUGCAUUUUGUUAAAGUAUUAAAUACUUUUUU